CCCCAUUCUCACCUUGCUAAAUCUGUGUCAGGGGGAGAGUGUGGAUGUUCGUGCAUUGAAGGCCAGGUUCCAUGCCAAGGCUGACAUGGCAAGUAGUCGAGACAGCACUUCUCCAAAAUCUCCACUGCAAGGAUUUGGGAGAGGAGGCUCGUGGUUGGCAGACGUCGGUGUUACAGCAAACGGAGGGGUCCGAAAUAAACUCAUGCCUAUGGUUCCCACACCACCAGUUCCUGGAUCAAGCUCCUCCCCGGACCUUCAGAGGCUACCACCACAACAUGUAAGGGCUGAACUGGAGGGCAUGUCCACCAGCCCCAAGCCUCAUGGUGUCUUCCCCCACCUUCCACCAUCACAUCGCCCCCACAUCGCCGCCAAGGAGCUGCCCCGACCAGCACCCCCACCCACAGACACAGACCGACAAGGCAGGGUGAGAGUCACUGGGGAGCUCCUGCAGAACAUGAUGCUGAAGCAUAAGGGAGUACACCCCAACCCUACCAAGCCGGUGCCCCCCUUCCUGCCCAGACAGAGAAAUCUGACAGAGGUGACACCCCUGAGAAGGGCCCUGCCCCCUGAGGGCCCCAGACCCAUAAAGCCCAGACGGCCCCCCCACAUCAACCUGCAGGCCCAUCAGAGAAACACCAGGGCACCACACCUCGCAGGGCGACCAGGGUUAAGGAAGACUGACGGUAAGCAGCUUGAUUUCCUUUGAAAAAGCACCCCCUCCAUUACAAGUCUAAAAGGGAAAACUGACUGAACACAUGUAUGGACUUACUGUAAGCACCAUAGUAACACAGGAACGUUAUCUGUUAAUUUACAACCUGUCAAGGUCAAAUAUGCUGUGUGCCUUAUCUGGUUACCAGUUCAAACCUCUACAUAUCUCUUUCUAAAACUUUUUUUUUUCUUAUCUUCUGUAAGAAAUGAAUCAUCAAAAGAAAUGCUCAGACUGCUGCUGCUGGUGCAGAACACUGCCCUGUAAUAAAUCUGUUAAUACUGAAUUAAUUGCAGACCUACUGUAGACCUACAGUACAGGUUGUUUCUUCUCCUCAGGUGGCAGUAGUCAGUCUCUCCCAGGGCUAGUCAGUCCCUCUCACCCCCCAAGACUUCCAACCAAGCCCAGCAGCCUACCUCGGCAGUGUAUCCCAGUGUGAGUGUGCUCACUUGAAAUGCUAAGUGUUGAGUGUUAAAGUGAAAGUAUGAACCAAGAUUGGGACAUCAUUGUUAUAUUUUUGCAUUUUUUAAUUACUCGGUAGGCAAAUUUCUGUAUUAUUCCCUCUGAUUCCUGUUGUCUCCUUAGACAUUUCGAGGAUGACCAGGGGGAAUAUGAUGACGUAGGCCUAGAUGUGAAACCACCUCCUCCACCCCCAAAUCACCCAGGGAGCUGGGACAAGAGUGGUAUGUCUGAAAAUACCUGCUAUUUAACCAUGAACACAUGCAAGAGAUUCACUAGCUAUUGUGAAUUUAGUGCUGAAUCAUGAUGACUCUGAAAUCUUGAGUUGACGUGAAUGUAUGAUUUAUGUGAAAGCUUGAAUUAUAUACACAUACUGUACCUCAAUCCAUCAUUCCAUAAUGCAUGUAUUUUACAUGUUUAUCACUUGUUCAUGCAUGUCAUCAAUUGUCUUUUCUGCUAUUUCACACACAGACUGGAAUGACAAUAGUUCUUCACAAGUAGAUGAGGUAAGAGCAUUCUGUGAGAAUAUUCUAUGUUUACCAUCAGUGAGCAUUGAUGCAGAACACUGCUUCUGAAUUACUUCUGAAAUACUGUUCUUGAAAAACAUGCUUUUCAUGACAUUUACCUUGAAUCUAUAUUUUUAUUCCUGGCUGCAGGGGGGCGAUGGAAGUGAUGUCUAUAAGUAAGUAUAGGAUAGCAAUACAACUUGGAUCCCCUGCCUACAUACUGUAUUUUGAGUUCAAAUAUCUUGGGUUUAUGCUUGUCUGACAAGUAGACAUCGCAAUGCCUGUCAUAGCAUACAGUGGGGAGAACACAUAAAAUGCAAAUUCAUUACUUUAAAAUCAUUCAAUGUGAUUUUCUGGAUUUUUGUUUUAGAUUCCGUCUCUCACAGUUGAAGUGUACCUAUGAUAAAAAAUUACAGACCUCUACAUGCUUUGUAAGUAGGAAAACCUGCAAAAUCGGCAGUGUAUCAAAUACUUGUUCUCCCCACUGUACUUGUAACAACCCAUAUCACAAGGCUAAUGGAAAACAUUUGAAUAGUCACAUAUCUGUUAUAAUAUGUUUAUAUGGGCGUAAUAGCUUUCCACUGCAAAUAGUAUUACUGACCACUCAUGUCUCUUGUCUUUUGAAAUCUCAGAGGCAAUGAACAGGAGGUGAAAAACACAAGUUCUGAUAAGAAGAAACAGAAAGAGUUGAGGUGGCAGCAAGAGCAGGAGAGGAGAAAACAAAAUGAAAGACUGGAAAGGGACAACAAAUACAGAAAUACAUUUAAGGUGAUACACUACAUUUCCAUGCGCUAACCACUCACGAGUCCAGAAAUCCCCCCAAACAGUAACCUGUUUGUCAUAACUCACUUGCUACACUUUUGAAUAUGCUCUUUUGGAAAACACCUGUUAUUAUGAGUAUUUUGUGUAUGGUGUUUUGCUUAAUAUGGAAAUACAGUAAUGUAAUCUCAAAUGCAAAACAGAGAUCUCAUUCAUCUCUGUAGGCUAGAAACACCACUUUACAACCCUCUGUAUGUAUUUAUUUGUACCCUUCCACAGCUGGGGACUGGGGACAUAGAGGUCCUUCACAUGGCCAGGGUUCGACACGACUGGCAGGGGGGCAAGCACGAUCUAAGUGUUCAGCAGGGAAACAGAUUGGAGAUCAUACGGGUUAAGAACAACCCCGGCGGCAGGUGGCUAGCCCGCACACUGACUGGCACCUGUGAGUAAAACACUGUUUAGUUCCAUAGAACUAAACAGCCCAUAUUUGUUCCAUAUUUUAUAGUAGUUCGAUAUUUGCUGUGACAAUGCUGAAAACCACCCAUUUUGUGUACCUAAAGCACCUAAAGCCAGUAAUGAAGUGUUGCUUUGCAGAUGGCUACAUCAUUAACACGUGUGUGGAUGUGGAUUAUGAGGACGUGAAACGUAAACUCAAACUGUCCACAGCGCCUGACCCCUCACUGCCACCACCACCACCUCCCGUCCCUUUUGAUGACAAUGACAUCUAUUGUGACGUUGACUCCUCAGAAAACAUUAACAGGUAGCUCUCCCACGCACAAAUACGCAAAUACUCUCUCUCUCUCUCUCUCUCUCUCUCUCUCUCGCACAGAUGACUAAGAUGAUCCACCUCUUGUAAUUAGGUAUUUGGCAUUUGAAUUUAACAGAAAAAUAUAUAUACUUUUCAGAUACACAGGAGGGUUAGUCAAUGCCUUUCUCCGUCUGUGGUUUUUCUUGAUGUGGUGUUGCUUUGAUAGCUUGCCACAUUUGGCCUGUAUGUUUACUUCAAACAUGAAAAUGAAAGUUUGUAUACAGUUUAGCUUGUCUGUCUGUUGCAUGCAUUGCACUGAAUAUAAAUAAAGUAGUUGCUAAUGGCUACAAAUAAGAAAUAAUAAAUACAUUUAGCUACUGAAAGAGGACAAAAACUACUUUUUGUGAUCACACAGAAGGAUGUUCGUCUUUAUGUUCCAGUCUAGAUCCAAUAAUGAGAAAGACGCUGGAGAAAAACGAAAAGGAGUUUAGAAAAAAGUUUAAGGUAAAUCUUUUGCUCUUCUUGCAUAUCUUCAAGAAACUGUUGAAAAUGGCCUUUACCGCAAUUCAUGUGCACACUGAAAAGCUUGAUCACUCACUAUUAGCCUACUUAAUGAUUACCAAGUCAUAUGAAAAAAGAAGUAAACAUAACUUUUAUUUUGUUCUGUCAGUUUGAGGGACCGAUUUUCGUGUUACACAGCAUGAUGGUUGACCCGAACGCAAGCAUCAAGAAGGCAGGAGGGAUGGAUCUAGCUGUGGUUCAAGGAGAGAUCCUGGAGGUCAUUCAAGUCACCAGUGACAACAAAGCCCUGUGUCGCAACAAGCAGGGGAAAUGUAUGCGAAUACGUCACCUUCUUGUGACAAGUCUGUAAAAGUCUGUUUUAUAUCUGAUUAGGCUACUGGGCAAUGUAUGUUUGUAGUACAGCCAAAGAUACUGGUAACUAACUAAAAAGUUUCCCCUUUUGUCUGUGGUACAGCCUAAUCAAUAAGAGAUUCCAGAAAAUGACCUGUUUUGAUACAUUUUGUUAGCAUGUCAUUCUUUUAAUUGUUGAUUCAUUUUCUUUCUCUCACAGAUGGAUAUGUGCCCAGGGUUCUUCUUCUUCAGGUG